GCGCCCGGCGGGACGAGGGCUGUGCGCGCGCAGCGGUCCUGGGCGGAGCGGAAGACGCGUGGAGCCGUGCGAGGACCCGCAGGUUGUGCAGGAUAAGUCAGGAAGUAUAUUAACACUGCAAGCUGCCAGUUCCACGAAGUUGGAUGAUAAAAUCGCUGCUCGAAACCACAAUAUUUUAAGAAUUACUUCUGUCGGAGCCCCAAUGUACCAUGAAAAAUGCAUCUAUGAUAUGUGUUUUAGAAAUAAAAGUUAAACUUUGGUUUGAAUGAAAAAUGUCUCUCAACACACCUAUAUUUCUCAAAGAAAGGGAAGAAGAUAAUUCAAAAUUUGUGGAAAUACAACAGUCACAAACUACAUCCAUAGCUGCAGAAGAUCCUCUUCAAAACUUAUGCUUAGCAUCUCAAGAAGUUCUUCAAAAAGCUCAGCAAAAUGGAAGAUCAAAAUGUCUCAAGUGUGGUGGUUCAAGAAUGUUCUACUGCUAUACAUGUUAUGUCCCAGUUGAGAAUGUACCUAUUGAACAGAUACCACGUGUGAAGCUUCCAUUGAAGAUUGACAUCAUUAAACAUCCAAAUGAAACAGACGGCAAAAGCACUGCUGUACAUGCAAAACUCUUAGCACCUGAAUUUGUGAAUAUUUAUACAUAUCCUUGUAUUCCAGAAUAUGAAGAAAAGGACCAUGAAGUUGCACUUGUUUUUCCUGGACCUAAGUCUGUUUCAGUAAAAGAAAUUUCUUUUCAUCUCCAAGAAAAGAUUCAAAAUAAUGUUGGAGGCAAAAAUGAUGACCUUGACAAGCCAUUCAUUAAACGCAAGAAAACUGAAGAACAGGAUUUGAAUGACAGCAAGUGCAAAGACACAACACUGAAAAAAAUUGUAUUCAUAGAUAGCACCUGGAACCAAACAAACAAAAUAUUCACUGAUGAGAGACUGCAAGGGUUGCUACAAGUUGAGUUGAAAACAAGAAAAACUUGCUUUUGGCGCCAUCAAAAAGGAAAGCCAGAUACCUUCCUUUCCACAAUUGAAGCCAUUUACUACUUUCUGGUAGAUUAUCAUACUGAUAUUUUAAAAGAGAAAUACAAAGGACAAUAUGAUAAUCUUUUAUUUUUCUACUCUUUUAUGCACCAGUUGGUAAAGAAUGCCAAAUGCCCUGGAGGCAAGGAAACAAGAAAACUUACCCAUUAGUUUUUAGGAAGUCACUUAAUGUAAUUUUAUUUUGCUAAAAUCAAUAAAAUUAUAACUGUGCUUUGUUUAUUCCUAGGAAAUAUUUCUGUAUAAUGUCUGUAAGACCACUUGAAAAAAUAAGGUUUUAUUUAUUUUACUUCAUAUUUUUUAAAAUGAAGUUAUUUCUAAGGGAGUUUUCAGAGAUAGUGCUGACUGAAAAAUUCAUUUCAGAAGUUAUUUGCUCAAAUUUGGCAUAUCUCAAUUUUAUUACCAUAGUUUAAUAUAAUAACGUGUUGUAUUUAUAUAUAUGUAAUUAGAUAUAAUUAGAUAUUUGUUUAGAGAUCUUCAUAUCUUUCCACCUAUACUCACAGAAUCUCCUCAAGUAAUUUGUUUAAGGUUAAUGGCAAACAUGGGCAGAACUAGAAAUGUAGCUCCAGUCCCAUAGGGCUAUUUCUUCUUAAGUCCACACUGUCUGUGGUGGAAAUGUGUUGCUUUUUUCAUCUGCCUGGCAUCUUUUUUAGGGAGAAAUUGCUAGCAAUCAUGUCCUAUCAUAGGGAUGGACAUAUGACCCGGUUUAGCAAGCAAAGUGCCUAGUGAUUGAUCCAGGGAUGAGCACAUGUCCCAACAUCCUUCUUGAUAAGUGAUAUGGAUGCUCUAGGAGAUAGGGUUUAUUUUUCAAAAAGCAGUGGUUAAAAGCACAGACUCUAGAGCUAGACUGUCUAAAUCUAAGUCUCAGCUUUCUUUUUUCACCUACCAGUCAUUUGUCAGUUUCUUCAUUUCUGAAGAGAUGGUAAUACAGUAGCUAUUUUAGGAUUAUGGUGAGGUUUAACUGAAUUAAUGUAUCUAAGGGGCUUUCAACAGCACCUGGCAUAUACUAAGUGCUAUAAAUGUGUUUACUCUUUUUAUUAUUUUAUGAAAUUGUGAAAUAAGCAUGAUGUAUAUAAUCCUAGAGCUACUGGUGACAUCUCUGCUGCAGGUGGCAAGAACUUGCCUUAGAAUGAAGCCAGCAAAAGAAAGCAGAGUGGAGAGAUAAAAAGACUGAGUCCUGAGGACAUCAUUUAAUCAUCUAAUCUAGCUGCUUGUGAAUGGAACCCUACUGUGCUGAAUAGCUUCUGUUUGCCCUCUGGAUCCACCCUCCACUCUUUCCCAUUCUGCUCUCUGCUCUGUGAGGUAGGUCCCCUUGACCACUGGCUUUUGCUUGGGAUCAGCAAAUGGAAGCACCGUAGGAGAUUGGAGGUUGAAAGGAAAAUGAAAUUGUUUAUUUAUUUCCCUUGCUCCUUUCCUGCCAGGUCACCAUGGGUUGGGUGUGUCCUUCGACUGAAGGUCAUCCUAUCAGGCAUCCCUUUCCCAGCAGUUAUUCCAGUUAACUUCAGGCCCAUGCUCCCUCCGUUUACCCCUUUUCACUUAUAUCGUAAUGAGUCCAGGGUAUUAAUAGCCCCAGCGUAGGUCAGUGUACCUUGCUGGUUUUCCUAAACCCUGCCUAUACCUUUGUAAAUAGUAAUUUUAUUAUAUUUUUCUCAAAUGUCCCCAUUUGAAGUUGCCCUCUUUCUGGGACACUGACUGAUAAAUUUCACCCAUGUGGGUGCUAGAAAUAACAGUACAUUUCCCAAAGUAUACUCAGUGGGACACGUGUUUUUAUGAAUAAAUGAGUUAUUGGUAAAAUUUGUUUGCUGCACCUUAUAUUCCCCUGUUAGAGAUUCAAAAGGCACAAAAUGAAAGUGCUGAAAAGUCCUGAAAUAAACAUUUUGAACUUUAUUUUAGUUAGUAUUUCUUAAACUUAUUUGAAUAAGUAAUGCCUGCUAACAUACUGUGGAAAUAGAACAUUUGAAACAUUGUAAUUUAGAGCAGUCCCUGAUUAAUAUAUAUGUGGCAGUUGAGGCCUAAAGAGAUUAAGUAACUUGCCUAUAAGGUCACACAACUAAUUAGUGGUAGAACCUUAUCUAGAAUCUAGGACUUCUGAUUUGUUUCAGUGAGGUCACCAUUUUAUUAUGCUUUUCAUUAAAAGGAAUAUAGAUUAUAUAAGGUUUGAACAUUAUUAGUCCCAUACUCUUAGCCAAAUAAACAAGCUGACUUGCCUAUUAGUUAAUAGGCAAUAACUGGCUAGCAGUUAUUUUUCAAGAAUGGAAUUAAAAUGGAUUUCUUCAUGUUUAGAACUUGACCUUGGGAACAGAAGAAGGCCUGAAUUGAUUUAAGCAGGCCUCAAGUUGGAUUUCUCUGGGCUAAAUUUGAACUUUCCUGAGCCAAAAUCUAUUGCCAUUUAACUGGCUCUCCAAACCAACAAAAUAUAAUUGUUAAAAGGGAGAGGGGGAAAAAAAGAACUCAUUUGCCCCUAUCUUACAGCUGUCUUAAGAAAGAUGACCCAUAUACUCCAUAAGAGCCUAAUUUAUAACUAAGGCCAGAAAAAUCUUAAGUUUUUCCCCCCAAGUAAUAAUAAUACCUGUUUGAACAAUGAAUUGUCUGUACUUGUCUUGUUUUUCUUUGGUAUGAAAGACUGUAAAAAUGACAGUAGUUUUUUACUCCUCCCUGUAUUCUUUUUUUCAUGCUCCUUUGAAGUACAUUCUCAAGUACUUUCUGGGCCAUAUGUAUUUCCAAACAUCUGGUGUAUUGCCACUUACUCUUGUGCUACUGCUGUCACCAUAAACACAUACAUGUCUGGGUUAGCCUCCUUGAGGGAGAGACAUGCAUGAAGCAGAGCCAGGUUACCCUGGUCACCCUAGCUAAAUCCUGUCUUCGACUGGCUGAUAGCCAGUCAAACCCCAGGUAUGUGAACCAUCCCAGCCAAGAUCAGCAGAACCACCUAACUGACACCUAUCUGAUUCCAGAUUUGUUAGCAAGGGAUGUCCAUUGUUAUGCCUCUGAAGCUUUAUAGCUAUUAUUAUACAGCAUUAUUGUGCCCAUAGAUAUCUCACCUUUGGAUAUAGUAUCAGACACACCUUCCUCAAGUGCCUUCUCACAUUCUUGGCCCCACUGUUUCCUAGGCCACCAACCACUUUGCCAUAGCUACCACCCUACAUAGUGACACAUUAUUAGCAGGCUGGAGUGAUUCUUCUGCCUGAGCUCAACUAGCCACGUGCUCAGAAUCUCUGGCCCAUCCCAACGCUUCUGGACUCAAGGAAGCAUCAUGCCACAGGGUUUCCCCAGUGAUUGUCAAAAGGGCUAGAUGAUGCAAUCUGGAAGAGCAGUGAAGUUAACUGUCUGGAAAACUUGGAUCAAUGGACUAGAAGAAGCCAUCAGACAAAUUCCUCUCCCUUCUCAUGGACGAUUUUGAGGCAUAGUUUUUCACCCUCCUGCCCAGAGAUGUACCAUGUAGCUAAACAACUGUACUUACCAAAUUAUCAGCAGUGUCUCUUCAUGGCUUUUCAUGAAACAGAAACCAAAUGCUAUACAUUAAUUUAUCAAUUUGCAUUUGCUCCCAGUCUCUGCUAGCCUUACUUCCUUACUCUCACCAGCCUGGAUUGCCCCUUCUAAUAAAGUAAUAGAUUUAAUUUUU